UUUCAUCAAACUUGCAUCAACAAGAAAUCAGUAUCAUAAUAUUUCAUGAUUCAAAUAUCAGUACAAUGAGUGUGACGUCACACGAAAUUGACAAUGGCCGCUGUUUAAGAUCGAGAUGUGGCCAUGGAGAAAUAUGGAUUUAAAAUGAUUUUGAGGGAUAAUUUACGGGAAAUAAAUGCGAGGAAUUGAUAAAAUAACACCACAGAGUUGAUCAUUGGUGUUUAAUGUCGGCUGGGUAGCAAAAUAAAGAAAAUCUAAAAAAAACUCUUUGCCAUCCUGUCAAUUCGCUCGCUACGCUCGCGAAGCUCACUGGUAGAAUUUUGCCUGUUUCUCAUAUAUUUGCAACAAAUUGAUAAAAUCGCCAACUCCUGUGGUGCAAUGUAGUUAUAUUUACAUGUUGUUUUUGAUAAGUCUAGCCCCCCCCCCCCCCCAUCUCAUUUUAUCUCAUCGACUCCACUGAGAUAUUUGUACGAAAAUUAGCCUCAAACUCUUACCCCUCCUUGGAAAUUUUUGCUGAUCCGUGAAUUCAUUCUAUGUGCAUUGUAGUUCUAUAUUAAUUUUUAUUUUUUUAAACCUGCAUAACCUAUACACUAAACAAAUGCAUAUCCAUGCAUAACGCUUGGUUGUUUAAACAUACAACCAGGAAGUAAAUUACACAAGAUUCCAAUCUCAUGAUCAGGGCGUCAUCCAUCCGAUUAUGACUGAAAUAACUUAAAGGUCACAUUGAUACACACGAUGGCACUAUCUGAGUCCCAAAUACCACCCGACGCCCAGCAUUAUUUGGUGUGUGGAACUGAAGACUGUGAGAAGAACUGCCAGUUUUACUGCAAUGAAUGUCACCACCCAAUGUGUGAACAAUGCAGAGAUGAACAUCAGAAGAGUCCAGAAACCAAGGACCACGAAGUAGUACCUUAUAAGCAACGCAAACGUCAGCUUCCUAUGCAGAAAUGCAAGAUCCACCCCACAAAAGACAUAAAUCUUCUCUGUGAGGAAUGCAAGAUUCCUCUUUGCUCAAAAUGCGGAACCACAACAAAACACCGCGGCCAUCUGUUUACCGACCUAGAAAUGGUCUUCACUGAAAAAUGUUCAUCUUGUCAUGCAGAAAUUACUAAAAUUCGAAGCUAUUUUGAGCCUACUUCUCAAGAUCUGAAAAGGGAAAUUAGGAGAGAUGUAACAGAAAUAAAGAAGAUAACAGAAGGCUUAAGAACAUCCAUGAAGGCUCAAACUGAGGCUGUGAAAAAGAUGGUAGACACAGUCACAUCUGAAAAGAUAAAACAAGUCAACAAAAUAGAACAGUCAUUAUUAAAAACAUUAAACGGUCAAAACCAAGAAAUAGAUGAGUACAUCAACUAUCUCAAUGAUUUAAUCAAAACAUAUUAUGGUUACCUAUCUCCUUCAAACAUAGAACAAUUAACAUUUGCCCUCAAAUCUGAAAAUUUGAUCAUAAGACCCAUACCAGAGACAUCCAAACCUGUAUAUCCCGUAUUUACUGCUGGUCAAUACAGCGAGAAAGAUGUCGAAAAACUACUGGGUAAAAUAACUGUUCCAAACUAUAAACCAGAGAAAAGAAAAAUAAAACCCAUGGAGACUGCCUCUACACAGCUGAAACCUACAGGGAAACAGAGAAAACACAACAGAGAGAAAUCUAACGUGAAAAAAACACUGUCUCGGUCUUCCUCUGUCACCAUGGUCAGGGAGUUCACAGUACCAGGUGUUAGUGAUGUAUAUCAUAUAUCACUGGGUAAAUCAGGCAGAAUCUGGGUCAGUGAUUAUAACCUUUUCCAAACAGAUCUACAAGGGAAUAAGCUACAGACUAUACAAACCAGUGGUAAUUUGGACGGCUACCACACAGUCACACAGGACGGGGAUCUGAUCUAUACAGACAAAGACAACAAAGUCAUCAAUAGGAUAACACCGGAUAAUACAAUCACUGAAUUCAUUGAAACGGAAGACUGGAGACCAUGGAGUAUACACUCCUCUCACAUCAACGGGGACAUACUGGUGGGGAUGAGAAAGGAUGAAGAGGCUAAAGUCACCAGGUACAACAAGACAGGGACAGAAAUACAGAACAUAAAGAGAGACAACAAAGGACAUGAACUGUAUAGUUACCCACACUACAUCACAGAAAACAUCAAUGGUGAUAUCUGUGUAUCAGACUAUGACAAACAUGCUGUAGUGGUGGUGGAUAAAUCAGGACAACACAGGUUCUCCUACUCAGGUUGGGAGUCAGUGUUUACUCCUUUUGGAAUAUGUACUGAUGUACUCGGUCACAUCCUAGUGUGUGAUGAUUACACUGACACAGUUUAUCUCCUGGAUCAGGACGGUCAAUUGUUAUCUUUUCUACUUACCUCAGAGCAAUGGUUAGGGAUGUUUUGUAGUGUGUGUGUAGACGAUGAGAACAAUCUCUGGGUGGGACAAUGGGGUAACAAAGUAUCAGUAUACAAGUAUCUACAGUGAACAUUGCAUAUCCAUACAAUAAUUACAUGUAUGUACUGUGUGUAUGUUGUAAGACAAUGUAACAACACAGUGAUAGUGUACAGUGACCAGUAUCUACAGUGUACGUUGGAGUACACAUCAUUCAUAUUAACCUGUGUAUGUUAAUUUGUAAAUAUAUCUAGAAUAAUUUCAUUGAUGAAGAGUUAACUAUUAUAUAAACAGGUAUUAACACUCCUCUUUUUUCAUUAGUAGU